UCCGUUUGUAAGUCACUUAUUUCAGUUGAUGAGACGGUAGAAGCCGUUGUGUCACAGUUUUGUCACAAAAUCGAAGUAUUUUGCUUCUACUCUUGUCAACGUUGUAUCUGUAAUAUAUGUUUGUCUAAUCUUCAUGAUCAGUAAUGUAAAUUUAUCGAAGAGCUGGGUCAAAACACACUCCCAUCACGAACAAAGACACACUGCACCGAAAUGUGCUACGAAUGGUUUCUUUAUAUAGCCGAGGUCGAUCACGUGAACACGUGUUUAGGAAGUGACAGCAAGUAAGACAGAUGCAUUUCUUAAUGAAUCAUUGUUUUCCAAGUACAUUUGUUUGGACAAAGACUUUCCUGGGUAAACAAUUCUUAUUACAUGCAUAAUAUUACGGAUCAAUUCUUUUUCGUGUUCACCCCUCACCGCCGUCAGCCUAAAAGCGAGGACCGCCGUGCAAUCAAAGGCCAACGCAACCGCCUGCCAGCGUUCGGACCCUACAGUCCAUCAAGAAACUGUUAUUUCUAUAUAAAGAAAUGAUUUCAGUGGAAAGCCGUUUGGUAUUUGUGCCUUCCGUGAAAGCUUAAGCAAUCUAUUUUAAUUAAGCCGCUGAAGCACGAGGGCUUUGCGAGCAUUGCUUGUCAUAUUUUAAAAUCUAAGUGAUGAUCAAAUGCGGUUAAGAGAAGUGGUUAAGAUGAAACGGAAGAUCAGAGAGAGAAACUAAAAUUCGACAAAGGAUUGCGAGGCGAAAACAGAGAAUCGAUGCUUAGACGAUUUUUCUGAGAUCUUCACUUCAACUUCUGUCUCGGCUACGCUGUAGAACAGGCAUUUGUUAUAAUUGGUACAUACUUGCAAGAGAGUUGAGAGAGGACUGGCGACCAUCACGAGAAAAUGCAAACACACCGAAAUAAAGAGAUUACUUCCACUUUAUUUCCAAGUAACAUCGUUAAAAAUGAAGAAACCAUUUCUAUGUACGCCGUGAAGCGGGAAAAUGUUCCGACAGAGUGUCAUCUUGCAUCGUCUCCAGGGAAACGCCCCUUGAUUGACAGCCGACAUGAGAUGACCACGCCCUACAUGAAGCGCACCAAACAAGAAGAUGAAUCAUGUUUCUGGGAGGAUAAAGAAAGUAUUUUGCUUUCGAGCAAAACAAGUCUCCAGAGUAUCGUCAGUGAAGUGGCUCAUUCGUUUGAAAACAAUGCGGAUAUUUACGAGAAUAUUUCAGCCUCUCAGAGAAGCAAAAAAUCUUGCUUGAACAACGUGAAUAGGACUUUUUCAACUGAAAAAGACACCGUUGUUUUCCAACAUAAAGACGGGGAACCAAAACGCUCUCCUCAAAUUGCUGAAGACGUAAAUGAAGUCGCAACUGAGCGCGAGAGUCAUAAAGCAUCGAUGCGUUCUGUCGAUAAAGGCAAGAGGGAAAUAUCAGUGCUCUCAAUUGCAGACCAAGUUCAAGCUGAAACGACAAAGCCGAUUCUAAGGACUAUAAAGAGUUCAGACUCUGGAAAAAGCGACGGUUUUGCGUAUGAUCACAACUUCUUCCCGAAACUUGUCGGUGUUCACUCGAUUUCAUUACCACUGUCAAGUUCGACAGAAACAGAUUUCCAAAGGAAACCUCAAUGUUCUCGUCAGCGUCAAAACAUCAAUGACUACGUUAAUGUAGGAGAAGCUGUUGAUGCGUAUGAAGUGAAACCGUGUGCUUCGUCGCGAGCAGAUCAGAUUCCUGGAGACUCCCGCAGCCAGUCUCCGUCAAAUUCCCAGUCUGAAAAAGAGUACGAUCUUUUAUUUACCUUUAAGCAAGACGAUGGCAAAAACGAUAUGUUUCUUGUGAUAAAAGAUGAAGUUUUCUCCGUGAAGCGUUUCGACCAUAAAGGAGAAUCGUACUUGGUUCACACCGACAAUAAGGGAAAGACUUCGAUUUUAGCUAGGGCUCCAGAGGAAAGAAAGAGUGGAUCACAAGAUAGUGGAAGCAAAAGCGAAGCCACUAGACAAAGGGUCUCAACUAAUCGAACCAGAUCCACCAAUGUUUCAACAAUCGUUUCUGAACCAUCAAGACAAACUUCUCUUCAAAGAACCACUUCGCAUCAACCUGUACCUCCAUCCGUUAGUAGCCGAACAUUACAGAACAGUUAUGCCCGGAUAGCUGACAUAAAUGCUCAAGAGACCGCGCCUGCAACUUGCGGUCAGCAUCAACUUGCAUACGAUGACACACGAAUGCUUAGACGCCUACUCUCAAAUGCGGAACAGAGAGCAGAACCAUCCGGGUCGAGGCCACUGUUAUCUGCUGGUCAGCAGCGUUUUCUUUCUCAGGCACGAGCUGAUAGACAUCAAGUCAUUACUAACGAUUUACUCCAAAAUUCAACUGCUCUUGCCAUCAGCGCUCCUGCCCAGGCUUCCACAGUUCUAAACACCUCCUCGAACAUUUUGCGCAAUCAACAUUUGAUCGCGAAUCAAGAUUUAGCGGCGAAAAAUCAACCAAUGCAUAAUUCAGCUAAUGAGUUCAGUCAACAACGACAUACGAACACCACGGUCCCGGGACCAUACAGUGGAUAUAAUACAGUUAGUUCUGGUAAGCAACGUUAUCACCGUGAAGAAAUUAUCGAGGUAGAUAACUACAGUAAACCUACAUUUGCCGGUCUUUCUAGCAGAGACGCAUCGGAAGCAAACGAGAACCGAAUUGAACAGAGAAGGGAAUUGAUGAGGUACAUCACACAUCAAUUGGCGUCAAGUGGAAACCAGGUCCCUUCAGCGAGCAAUUCCUCGGAGCUUGUAAACUUAGUUACCAAAGGACGUGAGGUAGGGAGACAACCUUACAGCGAGAAUGCUACAAUGGGGACUGGUUCAAGCAGCAGCAGAUAUCGAGAGAUGGGAGGACCUCGGCAACAUCAAGAUAAUGGCGCUUCUUUGUCACCAGGACAUACUGAAGGGCACAGCACUAGCAGCAAAAGUGUUUUCAGUGGAGCAGGUACCAAUAUAGGUGUCUGCGAUGUUGGACAAAAAUAUCACCCACGUCAAAGGGUGGAUCAAAACAGCGUUGAUUUGCACUCACAACCUCACUCUGACGUGCCACAUCUAAACGUUGACCAUUUGCAAGAAGGUUUACAGUCAAAGAGCGAAACUGAAGGCAAUAGUAAAAUAUUGCAAAUAAUCGAAUCGUGGAAACGGCGCCAGCAACCGUUCUCUUCGAACAAUACCUUUCGGCAGCUAAGAGAGCUUUUAACCAGAGUUGACGGUUCAGCGGAUUCCUCUCAAAAUACUCAUUCUUCGAUAAGAGAGGGAGCUUUGAACAAACAUUCCCAAGUGAGGCAUCCUUCAACUGUUGCAAGUGCCACUCCAGUAAUUUCACAAAUAUCCUAUGGCGUCAUCGGUCGGUCGACAGACGGAGAGAAUGUCACACCAAAGAGAACUGCGACAGCAUUAGUUAUCGAUCAGCGGCAUUCCGUUUACGUCGAUGCGACUGAUUCAGUCAUAGACGAAAGGAGGACGCCAGGAAAUACUGGUCAGCAGUUUUCAAGCACCGGAAACACGGUUUCCGGUCGUUCAUAUCAGUCAGGAAAUGUUGCAACUUCGUUUCCAGUUUCUUCAGAUUCUACAGUCAGUGGCUGGCUGCAGGGGACUGGGCGACCAGUAAACAGUAAUAUUACUUCCGGUCAGCAACCAAAUUUUUCCAGCAAGUUGCCACAGAACCCGGCAGCAUUUUCGGAUCAACGAUUUUUCAACCUCGAGAUGCUACCGAGAAAAACUGCUCCAAAAGUUGACAAACGAUGUGUUGCAAACAAUACUUUAAGUCCAGUAAAUUCUCCUAUAAUUCCCGCCCAAACAAUUCGUUCACCUCACGAAAGGAGUUUCGUAAACUCGUUCGUUAGUGGCCAGCGGAGUUGCUUUAAUAAAGUGCCAGUCCAAAGCAAUCCAAAAUUUGCCAGCCCUAACGAGGCUACCAAACCAUGCGAGGUUCCUAGCUAUGGGCUAAGCGAUGUUGCUGGGCCAAGCGAGGCUGCUAAGCUCUGCCAGUACGUUAAGCCAUGCGAGGCUGCAACAGCCAAUGGCAAAACUGGAACAGUCAAUGUUGUUGAAAUAAUAGAUUUACCUCCUGCACAAGAUUCUGUACCUAGCCCUCCAAAUAACGAAAAAGACUCGUGCAAGAUCGUCAGUGGUCAGCGGAGUUGUAUUAACGAAGUGCCAUCAAGCAGCACUGCACAAGAUACCAAGCUCUGUCAUGUUGACAGAAAUGAAACUGACGAUGUAGUUGAAAUAACUAGCGCACCUUUGAAAGGAGAUUCCAUCGAUCACGUGACAGAAAACAAAGACAAUUUGAAUUCACAGUCAGGAGAAGAUGAACAAACUCGGAUUAAUGCAUUAAGGGCUGAACUUAUGAGGAAAAUUCAGAACACGGACGACAGAAUUGCGCAAGAAAAUAUCGACUGGAAGAAGAAAUAUCUUAACAGACUUAAAAUAGCGCUCACCAAGAAGCUGGCUAAACUUCCUGGUGUGAUUGACGUCACAGUUAUUGAUGACGACUGAUGGCUAUGUUAAAUCAGUUUUUAGAAAGGUUGUCCUAGAAAAGCGUACGCGACAAUGCCGAAAGGUAUACUGGGUAUUGACCGUUCGCCUUACCCGAAAGUCACGAUGAAGAGAAAAUCACAAACCUCCUACUGAAACACCGGCAACUUCGAUCAAACAAGUGUAAGCUAAAGCUAUCCAUUACUUUUCGGUAAUGUCGCGUUCGCUUUUAUUUUACCCUUUUUAAGGCUAACGUUCUUGAAACAGCUGAAACACAGUAAUAAUCACAUAUGCAGUAUAACGUGGAGCCCCGCAUAACGACUAUUAGCCGUCAAUACGACCACUUUACUACUACGCCCAUUUUUGGCCCUACGAAUACACUUCAGCAGACUUUUCCUUAUUUUACGAACUUUUUAUGAUCUCGAUCCCCUUCCCCCGCCUUUUAAAUACAAUCACCGUUAUAGGA